AUGGAGGGCCGGAUGCUCGAGGAAUCAUGCCAGAGCCUGAGAAAGCCUCCGGCGGCCCCCAAGGCUUCCUUGGUGGGCAAAAAGCAGCCCCUGCAGAGCCCCGUGUCCAUGCGGGUACGCAGCGUCCGCAGUCGAAGUGCCUCCACGGGGAGAGACAAGAAGUCUGAGCUUCAGGCCAGAUACUGGGCGCUGCUCUUUGGAAAUCUCCAGCGAGCUAUCAAUGAGAUUUACCAGACGGUGGAGUGCUAUGAGAACCUGUCGUCGUGCCAGGAGACAAUUUUGGUGCUUGAGAACUACAUCAGGGACUUCAAGGCGCUGGCCGAGUGGUUUCGAGUAUCGUGGGACUACGAGUCCACACCUCUGCCACAUAGGCCGCACUCCCUGGCGUGGGAGGUGCGGAAGAGCAAUCCGGUGCCCAAGGUGCGCACGCGAAAUCUGUCCAGUCCUGUAAUCUCUGGCAAGUCCAGUCCCAACUAUUCGGGGAAGAACAGUCCCUGUUCUGCGACGGACGAGCGCAGGCCAUCGCAGAGAUCGACAGUUGAGCCAAAAGUGCCCAAGAUCGCAAAGAAGAUCGAUCCACCAGAAGCAAUAAUUGUCAAUAGAAGCGUUGCUGAGAGUAAGAUUGAGGACAGCCCGGAGAAGGAGGUUGUGCAGGAGAGCAUGGUGCAGAAUCACGUGGCCGAGGAGGUGCAGGAAGUGCCGUUCGAGGAGACAGACAAGAGGAUCUCGAUGAAUCUGGACUGGAAUGAAGUGCUGGAGCAUCAGGAGGUCAGCAAAAUAGACCAAUCUGCACAGACAAACCUCGAGGAUGAUCACCUGACACUAGCAAUGUUCCUAGAGAAGCACAACAUUCAGGGAUUCUUCAAAGGAAACCAAGAAGUUGUCGAGGAGAGCAUAGCGACAGUUGAGACGCCUGUCCAGGCGGUGCUGGAAGUUGUUGAGAAGAUAGAAGAGCCAAAGGAGCCAGUAAAGCGUCCUCCAAGUCGUGAGGAGGUGAAACCUAAGCCAGUUCCUGGACGAAAACUCCCUCUGAAUCCUCCUGCCAAAGCGCCUGUCUCUCGAAAACCAGUCUCAACCCAUCAGUCAUUCCACUUGAGCAAAUCCUCGUCCACUCCAGCCACUGCUGCUCCUUCCAAAAGCGCCGCCGUCCAGAAAUCCUCCACAACAUCGAGUGUUCAGCGUGCGGGAAGAAUGGCAGCGGUGCAGAAGGUGACGGAUAAUCGCCAGAGAUUUCCAGGAGCACCUACAAACACUGCCAGGAGGAUCUCUGCGCGUUCUAGCACGAUGAUCGAUCUGAAGAACACCCGAGCGCCGCUUCAGAGGGGCCUAGCGAAGCGCUCCCAGGAAGACAUGAGCUCCAGCAGCACGCUGAAGGCCAGCUCAGAACACAUAUCGGCUCCGGCGCGGCAGAAGAGUCACAGAGCAGAUCUGAGCAGCAGGAAAUCCGAGCCGAAAUCCCUGCCGACAGACACGAAUGAUGGCUGGCUGACCGUGAAGUCGCGUUCCAGAAGAUCCAGUCUCCACUGGUCUAAUAGAUUCAAUCAGCCGUCUGGGUAUGCUAGUCUGCCGAUCCUGAGCCUGCUGGACGAGACGCCGGCAGAGGAGGAGGCCAGCACGGAGAAGAAGACCGAGACGAUCCAGGAGAAGGUGAAACCGGUGAAGAGUCAGCGCGUAGCGGCGACGAAGCCCAAAGUUCCUCUCGCCAAGUCGUCUGUGAAUGCCGGACGGAUGACGAAAGUCAAUGGAAUCGUGCGGCAGAAGUCUGACAUGGGGAAGAUGGCGAGGAACAGGAAGACAGAGAGCAAAUUGGUGGAAGUGAAAACUCCUGAGCCGGAUGAUGAUGAGAUCGCGAAGGUGGACAUGAAUAUUCAGACGUUGCUGGCUGAGGACAUGAGGAAUGCCAUCAAUCUAUCUAGCUGUGAUGAGAUGGAUGAUAAGGAUCUCGAGGAGAGCGACGAUGACCAGAAGAAGCUCCUGGAGGAGCAGGAGAACCUCGAGCGGCAGAUCCGAGAGCUGGAGAACACAGAAAUCGAUGUCGACACGGAGACUGAUGAGACAGAUUGCGAAGUGCUGAUUGACGCUGAAGAUCCCGAGCUUGUGGUGGAUGAUGGAUCGAAGGAGGUGGACUUCUUCGAUGAGAACAUGACGCUGGAAAUGAAGUAUCACUCCCUCCUGUCGGACAUGUCAUCAGGAGAGCGCUUGGAGACUCUGGCCACUCUGCAGGCUUUCGUGGCGCGUCAUCCGGGACGCGCUCAGGAACUCCACCAGAAGCUUUCGAGUCCCUCGAGGCGGCGAUCUCUGCAUGAGACUCUGAAAAAGUACCAGGCGAAGCAGACGCGCGCCCAGGAGAAGCGCGAGUCGCUGCAACGAGAAAAGACGCAGAAGAUCCAGCAGCUUCUAGCGCGUGUGGAGGACGUGAAGGCGGCUAAACAGCAGCUGAUCGAAGACAAAAGGCUGCGAAUGGAGGAGAGACUUCAGAGGGCGGCUGAGAAUCGCACGCAAUAUCUCAAGGACAAGGUGAAGAAGGCGCACGAUGAGGAAGAGAAGCUUAAGGAAAUCGCCUUCAUAAAGAGCCUGGAGGCGCAGAACAAGCGUCUGGACAUCAUUGAGUCGUGCAAGGAACACGAGGUGAGGCUUCAGGACCUCGAGCAGGAGCGUCAGAAGCGAGUGGAAGAGAAGGCGGCCAAAGAGGCGGCUGCCGAAAGGAGGAGACUCGAGCUGGAGCAGGAGAGACAGAGGAGACUUGAGCAAAUGUGGGAGACAAAGCGCGAAAGGGAGAAGCGAGUGGGGAAAUUGCAGGAGCAGCGAGAGAAGAUGCGCCAGGAGAUGGCGAGGGAAAAGGCCAGGGAUAGAGAGGAGCGUCUUCAGGCUAUUCAGGCGCAAAAAAUCGCCACAACGGAGGAAUUACAGAGGAAGAUCAUACAGAAGCAGCAGGAAUCCGCCAGGAGACACGAGGAGAACAUCGAGCACAUUCGACAAAGGGCUCAGGAGCUGGGAAUUCCUAACAGGAAUACAGAUGAUCAGGCAGCUGAGAGCAGUGGCGAUGGAGAUCUCUCAUCGACAGUCUCCGAUGUGUCUGUGAUGCCCAACAAGGCGGUGAAGAAGAAGCUGAAACGUCUUCGGCAGAAACUCUCUGAGAAAACUGCGGAGUAUCUCUCCGAAAUGCCGGUCUUGGCGAGUCAUCAUCGUCGCGAGAGCGAGGUGCCAAAGAUCCUGAACGUGCUGAAUAAGGGCGGAGGACCGCAGGGCGUGGAGAGACCGCUGGGACAAUUGCAUCGUCUGGUAAGCAAGGCGCAGGCGGCGGACUUCCACUGCAUGCUCUCGCUGAACGCACUAGAAAUGAUCACGAAGGUCGUGGAAGAUGGCACGAAGCCGCAUUCUGAGAUCAGCAAGAGGGCAGUGAUCAUGGCAGUGCAGCUUUACAGGAAUCUGUGCACUAUUUGUCCCCAAAUAACGCGACAUGCGAUCCUUGGUAAUACGAUUGUGAGGCUGUUUGACGUGCUGCUGCAGAGCAUUCAGUGUCCGGAGGAGAAGUUCACGAAGCUACCCGUGGAGUUGUCAGCGGAGCUCAUGCUGGCCUGCACCGUGGCUCUCUCUCCCACCUUCGCGAUGAAGCAGUCACACCCAAAAUUGCUGGACCGCCUUCCCGAUGUCAUAAGCUAUGCCGUUUUAAUUGGCUUAAUUGAGACUCUCGUGAAGCGGUGUGCAAAAAUUCACGAAUCUGUGGAGAAUCAACACGGCGUUGUUCUCUCGCUUCUUGCGACGCUGGGGUUGCUGACAAAGUUCACUGAAAUAUGUCCCAAAGGACCAAAUGAUCCCACAAAGUUCCUCGUAUUGGCUCAGCAGACGGAAUUCUUUGGCUCCAUCACGCUUCUUCACUCCACAAUAGUACCAAUUGGCGAGUGUAUUCCACCAAGAACCGUUUCAAUUGCCGCGGCGACUUUCAACUUGAUCGUCUGUCUGGCGAAUGUGGAUCUCAACACGUUUCAGGCAAUUCUCUCUGAGGAAGUGAUUUCCCUCAAGUUCUUAGAUAUUUUAACGAUUUUACUCAAGUAUUGUGGCCCCAAGUCCAGUGAAAAAGGCGAAACACAGGCUGUGAUUGUUGAUCUUUUGAGCACUUUAGGGUACUUUUGCGUGAACAAUGUGAAGAAUCAGAAUCUGAUUGUCAAGGAGCAACUGUCGGUGGUGAAGAGUAUUGUUAAAUUGCCAAAGGAAAUGGCCAUUUACUAUUAUCCCACGCUUGCAACGCUAAUUUGGAAGAAUCCAGAGGCAAGAACGAUCCUGAGUCACGAAUUUGAAGUUGAGUCUCUGGAGGAAUACCAAAAGUCGGCACUGGCGAAAAAGAACCAACUUCUCACAUUGCUUAAUUAAUUAUAACCACUUUCAGCAGCAAAAUAAUCACCUUAAAGUCACCACGAAAACAUACUCAAAUUUGCAAAAAUAACCACACGACGAUAAUGUUAUUUAUCCUCUCUUUUGAUUUCACAUUCAUAUAUGUAAUUUUGACAAAUGCAAUCUCCACUUCUUGUUGUGAAUUUUCACUCACGUUGAAAAAUGAAUUUGCGUAAAGACAAGACUUUCAAAGAAAAAUGUGUUACUAAUUUAAUACGAUUGUGUAUAAUAGGAGGAAAUAAAUAAUUUUUUACACCUACAGAA